AUGAGACGUCUGGAAGAUGAACUCGAGCACGAGUCAGAACGCGAGCCGAAGCGCAUUAAAUCUUCUUCCCCCGAGGACGCGUGGGCGUCAGUGUCGAGGGCCAGAGGAAUCAUCGGAAACAAUGUGGUUCACUCAGGUGAUGACGGUGACAUAGAACUUGUUCAUGAUGACAAGGACGCAAAAGACACACACUGCUCCGAUUCUGUAGAAAAUGGCGGAGAACUUGGGUUUGAAUGGGAAGAGCAUUGCACAAUCUGUCUUCAACCCUUUCUAGACAGGGCGAUUAUCCCUACCUGUGCUCACGAGUUUUGUUUCGAAUGCAUUUUGCUAUGGGCUGAACAAUCCCGUAAAUGCCCACUCUGUAACCGUCCAUUCGACUCCUCGUCCAGCACAGACACCGGAGGAUCCUAUCUCAUACACCAUAUCCGCUCGAAAUACGACUAUCAAAAAUAUUACCUUCCACCUCGACCCUCAUCUCCCGCUCCCUCCGGUCCAGCUGUAGAGGCUGGCUUAGACCUAGGUGAAAGGAGCCAGCUUCAGAGAACUAUCAGGAGACGCAGAGAACGACAAUGGGGAAGUAGGAGGGCCCCUCAGGAGCAGGAACAAGAACGCGCAGAAGAACAAUUAGAACAGGCGAUUGCGAGGAGGAGGUGGGUGUAUGAGUGGGGAUUGUAUGCUAAGCACGUCGCUUCCAAUCGACACACUCGAUACCGACCAUUCCCGACACCCUCACAGUUCGCCUCGUCUCCAGGUUUAAUCAGUAGAAUGAUGAUGUGGCUGAGACGCGAACUCAGGGUGUGGCCUAACCUGGAUGUUGAGUUCCUCACAAUGUUCACAAUCUCCCUUAUGAAAUCCGUUGACAUCCGGUCCGAAUCAGCUAUCAAACUUCUCGCUGAGUUUCUGGACAUGGACGAGCUAUACGUGGAGGGUGCCCGUCAUCCCAACGCCGAGCACUUCGCACAUGAGAUAUAUUGCUACCUCCGAAGUCCGUACCGGGAUCUGGUGAUAUAUGACCAGAUAGUGCAGGUAUAUACCCGUAUUUUGCUCGCGCUCGUGCGACUAGUGAUCCUUACAACAAAUUUAGUACGACACCCCGCCCAAUCUGCCUUCGCCCCACCGCAUUGA